CUCCGCGGCCGAGGCCGGCUGCGCGUUGGCUGCCGGCGGUGCCGCCAGUGAGGCUGCGCUGAGGCUGCGGGGCCGGAUGGCCGAGCCGCCCGCCCCGCUCACUCGGGCGGCGGCCGGCGGCGGGCGAGGAGACGAGGGCGAGCCCUCCGUGCCGGGAGAGCCAGCGGAGCCAUGGUGUCAUGGAUCAUCUCCAGGCUAGUGGUGCUUAUAUUUGGCACUCUUUACCCAGCAUAUUAUUCUUACAAAGCCGUGAAAUCGAAGGACAUCAAAGAAUAUGUCAAAUGGAUGAUGUACUGGAUAAUAUUUGCGCUCUUCACGACAGCAGAGACGUUCACGGAUAUCUUUCUUUGUUGGUUUCCAUUCUACUAUGAACUCAAAAUAGCUUUUGUAGCUUGGCUGCUGUCUCCAUACACUAAAGGCUCCAGCCUCUUGUACAGGAAAUUUGUUCACCCAACUCUAUCUUCAAAAGAAAAGGAGAUCGAUGACUGCCUCGUCCAGGCGAAAGACCGGAGCUACGAUGCCCUCGUGCACUUUGGGAAGCGGGGCCUGAACGUCGCGGCCACAGCAGCUGUCAUGGCAGCUUCCAAGGUCUCUCAACUACUUCAUUUACACUUGUAUUUGGACCAGAAAAAAGGGCAGGGACAGGGGGCCCUGUCUGAGAGACUAAGGAGCUUUAGCAUGCAGGAUCUCUCAACAAUUCGUGGUGACAGCAGCAGCACCGUUCCUCCUUCGGUCACUGUACGAACAAGUAGCAAACAGAGCCAGCCAAAAACAUCCAGAAGUGCAUCGGAAGGCACUGGCAGCUCAGUGUGCACGUGUUGCUCAGUAUGCCGACUCCUCAGAGAUGUGAACGAUAAAUAUGAAAAGCCACUUGAGGCAAACUGUGAAACGAAAGACUCUGUGUUCUCAGAUGAUGAAGAGAACGAUUUAUUGGAUAGUGCAUCCAUGAACAAAAGGCCUAAAAAGAAGGAUCAACCCCUUGAGGCACCGCCUAGGACCCUUAGACCUCGCAUCAGGAAGAAAAGUACCUCGUCCUCUGCCACUGAAACAAUGUGAGUGCAAUGAGCCAAUAGCACCAAGAUCCACAGAAUGUCUCUCUUCUGCCUUAAGGAGCUACUCGUUCAUAAUGUAGGAAGCAGCAGUGGGAUGGAUGUGCUUUGAUGUGCAGCAUUGCAGACAUGGCCUCCCUCGCUCCUGUCUCUGUUCCCCGUUCCACGCUUCUCGUGUCUGUCAGCAGCGGUUAGGGCAGUGUGACAGACACCUGCAGAUGAAGAGUUCUUGUUUUGUUUGCAGUGUUCCCCCACUCACACUCGUCCUUAAGGCUGUACAUUGACAGUUCUCAUUGUGUCUGCAUAGCUCAGCUCUGUGAAUGCACAGCAACAACAAAAGUCAUCAGUUGCUCGUGAUGAUACUCGACAGUGUAUUUAUUUAUCAUUAAGGAAGUGGAUUUGCAGAAGCCAUGGAUUUCUCUUCCCUCUCUUCCUCCUCAAGCCUGUGAGUGAUGUAACAAAUGCCUGAGUGCUUUAGCUGUUUGAAAAUGUCCAAGAGUCAUUAGGAAAAGCUGAGCUGUCAAGCUGUUUCUGUGAGUGGAUCAAAUGUAUUCUGAUUAAAUCAUUGUGCUAAAAAGACACAGAGACAGAACUUAGGAUGAGGAAGAGAUGUGCAAGAGAAAAUGAUUGGUUUCAACAAUGUAAUGAAGGGGGAGUCUUAAUUUUGAUCAUCCUGAGCCAGGAGAAUAUUGUGUGGAAAAUGAUGGCGGCUACAAAACUGGAUCGUAUCGCUUGCGGCAAGUGUUCUACUGGCAGUUCUGGAGCACGAGCAAGGCAGUCGUGUAGUAGCUGCAGCAGCACAUUAGAAUUGCUUUAGUGACUCGCUUCCAGGGGAAAAUGAACUGUUCUCCCCUAACAGUGCCAGUCCCAGCGUUCUGCUUUCCUGGUGUGGUGCUGGAGUUUUCCUUCCACGAGCAGAGCAGGACGCUGGGGCUCAGCUGCUUUUUGAAGCCUGGAGUUUUGCCUGUAGCAUGGAGUUUGGUUAGAACCACGAGAACCAGGUGGAGUGUUGUAUUUGUAUCCAUAUAUAACGAGAAAUAUAAAAGAAGAGGAAGAUGUUGUAGGGUUUGUGUAUUUGUGCUUCAAGUUGGUGUCUCUUGUAAGUGUUAAGCAUGUGAAAUUCACACAGAAGUUAAUUACGUGGCCCUUUGUGUUUGCUCUUGGACCUGUGUCAUAGAGUAGGAAAGCAUUUAGCUUUACAUACGUGGAACGUGCCCUCACUGAUGAUGCCAGGCCACAACCCAACAAGUACGAUUAACCUGAGGUGCAGCAGCUUGGGAUGCCAGUGGCCGGUUGGAGUGUAUCAGGCUCAGAGAUAAAUCUGAAGUGGCCUUUAAAACCUUUUCUCUGCCAGAUAUGCAUCAGCAGCCCAGCUGUCCCUGCCUGAUGCAUCCUCGAGGUCUCCCCAGAGCUUCCAGUGCACGUGGGGAAGAGAGAAAUAACCCUGCGCACACACUGCUGUUUAUCCCACCUGGUUAGGAAGUGGAAAAAGCAAGCAGGUAUUUCCUGAGUCUGCCACCAUGUUUGGCCCCAUUAUCUGAGAGCUGUGUUUCCUUUACACGUGCUAAUUCAGUUGUGUUUUCCAAUGGGUAAGAAGGAAGAAGCCUUCAGAAAAUACACUGAAAAAAGCAAACAUAAAUAGCAGAGAGUCAGUCCUUGUAAGAUACUCAGCAAAUGCUUGGAGGAGCUAAGCUUGUGUGUUUUAUUUUGAAGCAGCUUUAAAGUUUGUUUGAUUCAUUUUGGCAAACAUUAAAAAGAAAUAGCAAAACUGCCUGCAGAGUUAGCAGAAAUGAGAUCCUGUUGCAAGCAAGCCGUGUUUCCCUGCUAUGCAAUAGGUUGCCAUAAGAGAAAAAGCUGACAAGUUUGCACUCAAUUAUGCCAAAAAACCCCACGAAACAUAGAGCCACAUAACAGCUGAUAAAUUUUAUUCUCAGACAUGCUGUAUUAACAUUGAUUCUCACUAAAAUUAUUAAAUGUGUCUAAUCUGCUGUUUUACUUCAACUUGACUGUUUGGAUUUUCUUAAGUGCUGAGGUGAAAUUGUUGACAAGGGAGUUGCCUUAUAUCUCUCCAAACAUUCAUUGCAUAAAUGAGGAAAAUAAACCUUUUCAUAUCUCUGGCAGAAAUGUAUUAAUUUAUCAACGGAGCUGUAUAUCUGUGUAUAGAUAGACAAGAAAUGUGAAUGCUGACCCACGUCCACUUUGUGCUGUUGUGUUCUGUGUACGGAAGAGAACGGUCAUUUGCUUUUGAUUCCUCGUUUUCCACACACAGGUUGUUUACAGGUGUUGCCCCCAUUCUGUCACUUCACCCUGCGGCUAUUUGCAUUUAUUUAAAAUAAACAUCAGACGUGAA